AUGCCUGUCUGUGCAUUCGGAUGUUCGGAUGAAAUUUUCACCCAAUUUCCAGAUUUUCAGCCGAUUUCCAAGUCAUCAAAAACCUACAUGAUAAGUUUUGAACUCUUGCUCGCACUUCUUCUCCCACGCCAACGUGCGGAACAAUUCGGUCGCCAGAAUCAGAAGAAUCGGAAUCAGGAGUCCGAUGACAAUGAGCAUCUGACGGGAGACGGUGGACUUGCGCCACGGAUAACGAAUCGACUCAUCGUCACAAUAAUAUCCACGUCGGUAUGGGGGCACGAACUCGUGGAAGAUGUAGAGAGGGAUGGCUGGAAUAAAUAA